AUGUUUGCACGUAAUUUGAUUGUUGCUCGCCCCGCCGCUCGCUCGAUCUUGUAUAAUGUCCAAAGAAAUAAGAGCACCUUCGAAAAGGCAAAAGACCUUGGCCAUGAUGUGAAUCUCAAAGCCGGAAAGGGUGCUGAAAAAGUAUUCGAAAAGGUGAAGCAAGCCACUGGAAAAGCUGAAGGAUUCACACAUCAUCCUGGUCAAUCAGUCAAAUCAGCAGCUGAAGAAGCCAACCUAAAAACAGGUCAAGGAUUGGCCAAAGGCAUUGAAAUGGCCGAGCACGCUGCCGAGAGAACAAGAGAAGCUGUUGGUCUAGGCAAAAAGAAAACGCAAGAAGCAGCUGAAAAAGUGCAACGUGAUGCUGAAGGAAUGCGACGAGAAGCUGAAAGCCAAUUUAGCGAGUUUCAACAUGAAGCUAAAGGCAAAGCUAAAGAGUUCCAACAUGAAGCUGAAGGAAAGGCCAAACAAUUCCAACAUGAAGCUGAGGGUGCAGCAAAAGAGGCAGAGAGCAAAGCUCGUCAAGCUUAUGAGGAUGCCAAAAAGAAGUUGUAG